AUGUCGAGCAGAAACUCGAUCCAUACUGGCACCCCGCCAGCGGUCCCCUCAGUCCAUGGGACCAAUCCCUUUACUACACCAUUGCGACAAAGUCGAGCUCCAUCGAUAGAUGAACGGAGUGGGAGUGGAAGGCCGUGCUCAUACUUUCCCACUGCAGCCGUGAAUGGCUCACAUCAACCACGGAGGAGAAAGUUCAAGAGCUCUCGGCUCGUCCCCGGAGAAUACGAUGAGAAGCCUUGGGCAUUGGUAAAACACCCGAAGCUGAAAUGGGAGAGGGCCAUCUUCUACGGAAGCAUUGGGAUCGGAUUUGCGAUCGGAGCGCUUCUUUGUUAUCGGGCGUACGCAGGUGUCACGAAUCAUGAGUAUUGCUUGAUCCUCGAAGACGAGUUCCAGUCAAUCAACAAGGAUAUCUGGAGCUACGAGAUUCAACGGGGCGGGUUCGGUAGCGGUACUUUCGAGUGGACGACAGACGACCCAAAGAACUCCUAUACGGAUGCCGAAGGCCUUCAUAUUGUGCCCACGUUAACAACAGAGACCACUGACAUCACCAAGGAGCAGCUCAUUGACAACUACAUCCUCAACCUCACCACCGAUGGAACGUGCACAACGAAGGGUAUUGACAAUUGCUCGAUCCGCUCCAAUAAGACUGCAGGGACCAUCGUCAACCCUGUGCGCAGUGCUCGCCUUACUACGAAAGGGAAGAAGACCAUUACAUAUGGCAAAGUCGAAGUGAUUGCAAAAAUGCCACAAGGAGACUGGUUAUGGCCGGCUAUAUGGAUGAUGCCCGAGAAUGAUGCCUACGGCGAAUGGCCGCGAUCAGGCGAGCUUGACAUCGCAGAGUCUCGAGGCAACCAUGGUGAUAACUAUACGAGCGGAGGAAGAGACUCCAUUAUCAGCGCCCUUCACUGGGGACCGUUGCCUGAAGCGGAUGCAUUCUACAAGACGAGUGGUCAGCACCAGAUCCGACGCACCGACUAUUCCGCCAAGUUCCACACCUUUGGAGUAGAGUGGAGCGAGGACUAUCUGUUCACUUAUAUCGACUCCAGGCUGUUGCAAGUCUUCUUCAUCAAGUUCAGCAAGUACGGCAGCAUGUGGGACCGUGGCGGCUUCGGCAAGGCGCUCGUGAAUAACUCCGCCCUCUACAAUCCAUGGGCUCAGACGAACCGCGCCAACACGCCCUUCGACCAACCGUUCUACCUGAUCCUCAACGUGGCUGUCGGUGGUACAAACGGGUUCUUUCAGGAUGGUGUCGGCAACAAGCCCUGGGGAAACCAAAGUCCAACGGCUCCUAAGGAGUUCUGGGACAGUGCAGAUAGGUGGUUGUCCACAUGGGGCGAGGGAGACAAACGUGGACUCACAGUCAAGAGCGUGAAGAUGUGGAAGCAGGGUGCCUGCUAG